GUUCCAGUAGGUGGCAAACGAUCAAUCUUUGCUUUGGAGUACUUUUACUGUAAAAGGGAAACAAUUGUUACUAAUGGAUUUGCCGUCAUGAGUUGAAGUAUAACUUUAAAAGUGUUUUCAGUUGGAAAAUGGACGGUCUGAAGAGGCCUGCCAUUCUCUUUGAAUUCAACUUCUUCUUCCUCCUCCCCUCUUCGUAUUUUCCAAGUUUCCGGUUCCGCCACUGCUUUGACAAGAAAAAAACUCUGUAUUUAUAGAUUCGUUCAAUCGUUCAGUGUCUGGUGUUUAUCGUUCUUUUUUUUAAUAAUUUUUAAAUUCAUCAACAAAAAUAAGUGCUUGAAUGUUAAACGGAGGCGUAACUCGGUGUAAAAAACAUUUUCAAUAUCUACUACUGUGUCUUUGGUGUGGAAUGAAAAUGCCAGAACGCUGGUGAAUCAUUCUCUGAUUCUGCUUUUUCGCCUUUAUUCAGUUCGCAGGCCAAACAAAAGUUCGUUGAUCUCGUGUGCUGUCUGCCAGGAUGACGGAGGAGCCAAUCAGACGAUGUACCUCACCAUCAGGAGACAGCAAUCUCUCUGGAAGUGGCGAACUUCACGCAUCGUCGAUCGUCGCCUCCCUCGAGGAGAGAUUAAUGGACAUCACAUCUCGUCACUCGCUCAAUUCACUGCGAACACCACCAACGAAAAAAGCGAAGCGCGUUCGCUUUUUUCGCAAUGGCGACAAAUUCUACACGGGUGUUGUGAUGGCCGUGACACCGGAGAGAUACAGAAGUUUUGACAGUCUGGCAUCAGAUUUGACGCGAGCCCUCGUCUCGAGUGUCACUCUGCCGAGUGGAGUGCGAGCAAUUUACACAAUGGACGGAAGAAAAGUGUCGACUGUCGGCGAUCUUGAGGACGGAAAAUGCUACGUGGUGUCCGGCCAGGGUGAGUUAUUCAAGAAAGUCGAGUACUCGUCGUCGAAGGUGAGAAGAGGCAGUUCCCUAUCUGGUUUACCGCAGUCACCGGCUGGUACCGGCAGACAAAUAAGUGCAAUACCUGCCUGCGUUAAGGCGAAAAUUAUCACCUUGAUUCGGAAUGGCACCAAGCCAAGGAGGGUCGUGAGACUCUUGUUGAACAAAAGGAAUGCACCGAGUCUUGAGCAUGUCCUCGAGGCGAUCACGGACGCUGUGAAAUUGGACUCGGGCGCUGUGAGAAAAGUUUAUUCACUGUCGGGCCAGCAGAUUAGUUCUUUGGAUCAAUUUUUUGAUGACGAGGAGAUAUUCGUGGCGUAUGGCACGGAAAAGGCUAGUCAAGAGGACUUCGAGCUCGAUUUCGAGGAAUCUAAAUGCGUUCAGAGCUUUAGACGAGGCGCUUGGCCUGUUAAGAAACAAAGUGGACCAAUGCCAAAAAUGCCUCGCAAGUCGGGAAAGAAGUCAUUGACUGCACCUCAAGUUAGGACUCCAAGUCCUGCGUCACUUAUUUUGCCACAACCGCUCAGACUGCAUUACACUGUUGGCCAUGUUAUUGGAGACGGUAACUUUGCAGUUGUACGGCAAUGCGUCCAUAAAGCAACAGGAGCCGAAUAUGCGAUUAAAAUAGUGGACAAAUACAAAUGUCAAGGGAAAGAAACAAUGUUGGCGAGUGAAGUGGCAAUUUUGCGACAAGUUUGUCAUCCGAAUAUUAUUAGUUUAAUUGCUGAACAAGAAACAACGGAUCAAUUGUUUUUAGUUAUGGAACUAGUGAAGGGCGGAGACUUAUUUGACGCCAUAGCAGCGGCGACAAAAUUUUCAGAAACCGAAGCGAGCAUUAUGAUAGGACACUUGACAUCAGCUCUAGCUUAUUUGCACUCUCAUCAUAUUGUGCAUCGAGACGUGAAACCAGAAAAUCUUUUAGUUGAAAUGGAUGGAAGUAGAGUCCGAUGUCUGAAAUUAGCUGACUUCGGACUUGCUCAAGUUGUUGUUGAACCAUUAUUCACAGUGUGCGGCACUCCAACUUAUGUUGCUCCUGAAAUUCUAGCCGAAAUGGGAUACGGCCUAAAGAUUGACGUGUGGGCAGCUGGAGUUAUAUUAUACAUUCUACUCUGUGGAUUUCCGCCUUUCGUCUCACCUGACAACGAGCAAGAAGAAUUAUUCGAAAGAAUAUUAAGUGGACAAUACGAAUUUACGUCUCCUUAUUGGGACAAUAUUUCCGAUUCGGCGAAAAUGUUAAUUUCAAAUAUGCUACAAGCACAACCCGAAUUGAGAUUCAGCGCUGAAGAUGUUCUCGAUCAUCCGUGGCUUAUGCAGAGCUUUCUAGGAGGCGAACAGACGGCAGCAGCAACCAAUCUCGAAUCACCGCAGCAACACCGGAAUCAGCAGCGUCAGCCGAUAAGAGUCGCUACGUUCGAAUUCGACUACAAGAAGCAGAGGCAUCGCCAGACCAAGGACGAGUCGGACAAUGUUCAACGAACCAGAUGGACGAAAAUUGAGCCCAUUAAGCACAAGAGCGCGGAAAUAGAACGCGAAAUCGAGAACGAUAUUGUGUCCGCUGGACGUGAUGAAUGUGAUUUCUCCAAUGGCAAUUGCAGAGACACAACGCUUCCCUUCAGCAACGAUUGUCUAAAAGAUCUCACUCGUUCUCUGCAGGAUUUAAUACUCGAAAAACAACAACAACAAUCCAGUGAGGAAAAGGAAAUCUCCUAUCGAAAAGACUUUCCAAAACCAUCGCAAAGUAUCUCCUCCUCCCUAAACAGCAUUCCCGAAAAUCUAAAUUCCCCCGAGGAUCCCCCACCUUUCCUAAUAACCCCCGACAAAAAUUCUUCGUUAUCCAAACGAAACGGAAUCACCCCAUCAAGUAUACAUUCCACUCCAAAAAUGUCCAUCGACAAUUACCUCGAUACACCAAAAUCUGCCAAAUCCACUGCCAAUCGCGCAAGAAUAACCCGAAAAAAUUUAUACAAACUCACCAAAACAAACGGUUUCUCCUCAAUUCACUGUUCAGACAAUGAAACCGAACACGAGUCAAUUAGAAAAUACCACCAAUCAACAAAAAAUAACGAAAAUACUGUUUUCCCCAAACAAUCCUCAGAGAAAGAUAAAAAUCGAAAGGAACCACCAACAACGAUUCUCCCCCGACAAACGAGAUCCCAAACAUCAAAAUCACAAAUUCCGGUCCAACAACGCAUCAUAUCAUCAACAUCAUCAUCAACAGUCAACCGCGUUCUCGAAAAUUCCAAAAACGAUCAAAAUGAAGCUGUCAAACGACGAAUAAAGGUCAAUAAUCAUCCGGACAAUUGGUCAAAGCGAUACAGUUGUGCGCCACAGUAUACAACAAAAAAGUCGGAUUCGAACGAUAAUGGAAGAUCAAAGUCCUCGACAAGAAAGUACAAUUCGUCUGAUGAAUUACGUGACGAUAAACAAACGGCGAAUGUUCUAGCGAAAGCAAAACGUUUAAGUUUAUAUCAUACACCACAACCGACGAGAAAGGCCUAUGAGGAGACGAAACAAAAAAAUAUAACGGGAAAAAAUUUAGUGAAGAAAAGAGAGGACGUGUCAACAACAACGAGUUGUGAGAAAAAGGAAAUUAAAAUUCGUAAAUCUGUUGUUGAAACAACAACGGCAGCGAGUAGAAAUAAAGUGAAUAGACAGAGUGUUAAUCGUUCAAACGCAAUAAAUUCAGCGAGAACAAAGUGAUUUUGGAAAAAGUUUUUUUUUAUUCAAGUGAAGUGAAAAAAAAAAAAAAUUUUUUUUGAAGCGAGUGUGACGAACUAUUUUUUUUUUUGGGAGUGAUAGAGUGGGUAAAACGAUAAUUAAUUUAUUGAUUUCUCGAGAUGAAAUUUAAAAUUCACAAGGACUUUCCCAUGGAAAGUUUAUCAUCGAGGCACGCCAAAUGCAUUUUUUUUAAAUUGACUUGUUUUUGUAUGCGUACGAAAAACGAAUUAAGCCGAUUGUAAGAUGAUAAUAAGGAUAUUGUAUCUAACUUGGGUUGUAUUUGUGUAAUUUCAGUUUGACUUUUACUGGGAAUUUCUCUUCCAGUUUGAUUUUUAUUUUCUUUUGACUAUUAGUGUGUCAACGUCAAAGAGUAAUUUCAACUUUGAAUUUCUUUUUUAUAUUGAUUUUUAUUUUAUUUUUACUAUUAGUAGGUCAAAGUCAAAAGUUAAUUUUAACUUUGAUUUUUAUUUUCUUUUCACUUUUAGUAGGUCAAAGUCAAAAGUUCAUUUUAACUUUUACAUUCUCCUUCACUUUGACUUUUAUUUUGUUUUCACUUUGUCAAAAGUUCAUUUUAACAUCGAAAUUCUCUUCGAUGUUAAAUUUUGACUUUUCGACGUUUAUUUUGAUUUUUAGUUUUUACUUUCACUUUCAUGACAUUUAUGAUCAAGGAUUGAAAGAAAAUAGUAUUUUUCAUACCGAAAACAAUAAAAUAUUUUGUUUACAAAUUUUUUUUUUUAAAUUAUUGAUCGAAAAACUAUGCAAAACGUUUUUUAUACAGAAAUAUAUAAAAAUUUAAAUAGAAAAAUAUUUUUUUUUUAAAUAAAUCGUUGGUUGUAAACGUUGUGAACUUUACUAACGGUAUUAUUAAGUAAAAGGCAUUUUUGACUUCGAAUUUCCCUUUCACUUUGACAUUUAUUUUGAAUUUUAUUUUACUUUUUCUUUGCUUUCACUUUUGACAAGACAAAGUCAAAGUGAAAGUUAAAGUCGGAGACAAAGUAAAAAUCAAAAGCAAAGUUAGAGUCAAAUUAGAGUAAAAGUAAAAGUAAAAGGAAUGUUUUUGACGUUCCUUUUACUUUGAUUUUACUUUAACUUUGUUUUUGCUUUUGAUCUUUAUUCAAAGUUAAAGUAAAGUUAAAGUCAAAGUAAAGUCGAAGUAAAAAUUGAAGUAAAAGUCAAAGACUUUUACUCAAAGUUAAAGUAAAAUUAAAGUAAGUCUUUGACUUUGUCUUUGUUUUUGACUUUUACUCAAAGUUAAAGAUAAAGUGAAAGUAAAAUUAAAGUAAAAGUGGAAGUUAAAAUUGAAGUAAAAGUCUGACUUUUUCUUUGUUUUUGACUUUUACUCAGAGUUAAAGUAAAAUUGAAAGUAAAAUUAAAGUAAAAGUCGAAGUCAAAGUAAUUGAAGUGAAAGUCUUUGACUUUGUCUUUGCUUUUGAUUUUUAUUCAAAGUUAAAGUAAAGUUAAAGUCAAAGUAAAGUAGAAGUAAAAAUUGAAGUAAAAGUAAAAGUCAGUCAAAGUAAAGUCGAAGUAAAAAUUUAAGUAAAAGUCUUUGACUUUUACUUAAAGUUAAAGUUA